AUGGGAAGUAGUAGUAGUGGCGGGGUUGGGGGUGGACCGGUGGUUUCAGCGGGUAAUGUUGGUGUUACGGCCAUCCUCGCCGGUCUUGCCGUUGUGCUUUCCGCUGUCACGUACAUAGCAAACAGGCGACGCACAGGCGAGCCCCAUGUGUCAAGCCACGUUUCGUUGCUUGGGAAGCGGUUGAAUGAAGAACGUCAUACAUCGUAUGGGAAUAAUAUUAGUAGCGCUGGGGGUGCAACGGCGGCUGGGGGUGGAGGAGAUGCAAGCAGACACACGGGGGUUGCGGGCAGAGGAGGAGGAGCAGCGGCAAGUGACCACAAGUCAUACUACGCGGUGCGGGCCGAGAGACACGUGGGCCAAUACAGUGCCAAUCUUCUUGAGUGGAGGGAUGAUGUUAUAGGGGUGCGCAUGCUCUUCUCGCCAAUUCUCUUUGCGGUAGAGAUGGAAGAGCGGCAGGCACCGCUGCUGCUUGUUGCUCUGCGAUAUCUGCGACAGCCAGAGCAUCGCGUCUCUGUCAUCAUUGAGUCAUGCGCCACUGCGGUGACAGCACAGGAGUACCGCGAUGGCAGCCUUGCCCGCGUACGCGACUGUGUCAAGCUUUUGUCAUGUAACAGUACUCGUAUUGGCGCCACAUCGCAUCCCUGCGCAGAGUACUGCUAUAUGGACGCGGGAAACAAUAUGCGUUAUGCCCUGUCCGUGUUUCUGACGCACGGAAGUUUGGCUGUCACGGCGCAGUACGUCGCUGACACACGCGUCAAGGGGGUGCUUCCGACGGCAUUCAAUGAACUUGUACGCUCUAUUCAGCUGCAACCACCGCAGCCAACGUCAUCGUACUUGUUGUGUGCAGAGCCGCGUCUUGGCCUCGGCUUUCGACUGCCGCUUGACUUUGCCAUGGAUGACCAGCUGCGCGAGGUCCUUGAAGUGUCUGAUGAGCCUUCCGUGAAAAACGGAACUAUUGAAAGUGGGUACAACAGCAGUUGCAACAAUGGUGUUGUGGGCCAUCAUGGCGUUGCAAGAUCGUCACCAGUGGAGUUGAUGUCAAGCAUGCGGAGCUUGAGACUUUCUCCUGGCAAUGGUGGAAAGAACACGGGUGGCGUUGGUGAAUGCGGUACGCCCUUCGCUGCAGUUGCAGGGUGUGGGACGCGGCGGAUGGUGGUGGCGGCGUGUUAUGAACCGCUUGCACGUGGACACGUCUCGUGGCAACCAUUUUUUGAGCGUCUUCUUCGCACGGCACUGACGCGCUUUUCGGUGGCGCAAAGAGUUUGCGGAGGUGGAGAGGAUGAAGAGGAAGAAAGAAAAGGGGUAUCGCCCAUUGCUGCCGUUUGGUGUGCGAAGGGGCAAGAGUUGUCACAGGAGAAGGACAAGCGCAGCAUCAUUGUGCGCCCACAGCAGCUUGUUGUGCCCAUCAACGGCGACAACGCGGUGGACGAUGAUGCCGGUGACACGCUUUUGCUUGACGGUGCUUUUUGUGUACAGGAAGUGGUGCUUGACCCGCAGGGGGCAUCGUUUGCGGUGCUGUGUAACCUGCUGCAGCUACAGUGUGAGGAGGGGAACGAGAGUGAAAAGUACGUAGGGGGAGGGGGGCCACGACGAGAUGACGAGCAUAAAGGGAAGGUGUCUACCACUAUCUCGGCGUAUUUAAGUGUUUUUUGUAUGCGCAUCCGUGACGCGUGUGUGUCGAUCAGCUUUCUCUCCUCCACAACACGGCACACCCUGGAGGAAUUUAUCACCUUCUGCCACCGCACGCUGGACACGGUGUCGGUUGGCAACCACUUUGGCCAGAGCACAUCACUCAUUUACUGCAAUACACGGCACGAGGUGCUGCCAUUUAACAUUCUGCUUGGGCCCGCGAGUGCGGCGGAGGCCACCUCGGUGCUAGUGGAAGAGCCCAUCAUUGGUGAUCCCCUGGCACUUAUUCACGUCGGCGGGCCUGAACAUGUCAGGGUGCUGUUGCGAGUGUUCCCGUGUCCCUCCGCCCCCUUCGCGUUACUGCAGUCGCAGGGCCGAAUGACGACACGCCUAGAGAAUGUCGUGCAAAACUACCUUUUGCAGUUACCCGAUCGUGUGUGUGUGCAUCACUUGAGGACGACAAUGCUCGGGUCGCGGCCCGCGCUGGAGCUUCACUAUGAACACGUGGAUGGCGACGACGACAGCGACGCGGGUUUACUUGCGCUAGACGAGGAAGUGGGAAAUAUCAAUCCCUUCGCUCGCUACUGGAGCACCGUAUCGUACCCAGCGGUGGAAUGUGGGGCGGAAGGGGGUUUGGCGCUGCCGACGGAUUCAUUGGAUGCAUCUGCUGGGGCGUCCGCGUUGGCAUCGGCGGGCGCAGUGGACCCGCUGCUGCUGCAAUCGCCCUCCUGUGACUCCCGUGAGGAGGUCACGUCGAUGCGUGUGGGGGUCGUGGUGUGCUGUGAUGGUUGUGCCUUUUUGUUCCUUGCAUUAUCCACGGAUUACUCGCUCAGCGUCGUGCGGCAGGUGGUACACCAACUUGCUGCCAACGUGUCGUUCGGGACAAGUGCCCUCGCGUAG